CUGCAGGAGUCUUCUCUCUCUCUCUCUCUCUCUCUUUCUUCAACUUUCUUCAACUGGAAUUUUUUAAUUUGCUUUUCUUGGAUGCGUUUGAGGAACAAAACAACAACAACAACAAAAAGAACAAAAUAGAGUCGACCGAUGCACCCCCUCGCUCAUUGUGAAUCAUGUCACGCCGGAAGCAGAAGAGACCCCAGCAUCUCAUUAAUGCCGAUCCAGGGGGCCCGGGGGUGCUAACUCACGAUGAGCAUGUGGCCAUGAAGUCACCAUCCACCUCACUUGGCUCAGAAGUCACUUCCUCUGGGUCUUCCUCGCCUUCCCCGACCUCGCUCCAAGACUGCCAGCCGCCCCUGGCCCCCCGCCCGUCCCCCGGUGGGCUCCACGCGCCCUCCUUGCCCAACGAGAGCUCACCCCCUCCGCACUGGCCCAACCACAUCGCCCCCUUUGCCACCUCCCUCCCAAACACUCACUCCUCCCUCUCCCCGGACUUUCCUCACCCCUCCUUGUCCUCCCAGACUCACUCGCCUCCCCUUCUGGGAAAGACCUCCGGCCCACAAACACUGUCACACCAAGGGAAUUCUCACUCCACCAUGACCUCUCCUACAAUGGGCAGCUCGGCCACUACCACUACCUCGUCCUCGUCCUUUCAGUGUGUGCCCACACAGUGUGACAGUGACAGCUCGGGUCAGCACCAGGCCUCCAACUCAUUGGGUGACCAGUUGCCGGUUCCCCCUACCCUGGCUGUGCUCCUGGAGGAGCUUCGGGUUCUACAGCAGCGCCAGAUACACCAGAUGCAGAUUACUGAGGAAAUCUGCAGGCAUGUUCUAAGGCUUGGAGGUGCGGUGUUUGGCCAGGAUGCUAACACACAAGUUAGCGGCGCUGAGAGCAACCAGAAGCCCGGUGGAGGAGCUUCGUCCCCACCGGCACAGUCAUCUACUGUCACACCUGUCACCACAGCACCAUCGCUUUUAACCGGUAUUCCAUCAACACUCUUUCCGCAGUUGCCGCUUUCCAAGCAAGGCACUCUACAGGUAAACGGCAGCAGAACGCCAUUGUCCUCCACCUCCUCGGUGUCAUCCAUCUCCUCCACCAUGCCAAGCUCGUCUGUGGCCUCCCUUCACCCCCUGUCUUUGUCCUUGGGGCUACCACCACGCUACCUCCACGAGAAGUCCUCCAACAGCUCCUUAUUUGCUCACACAAACGGCAUUAGCUUCCCCACGCCGCUCGUUCCCACCACCAGCCAUUCGCAGGACCUCCCUCCUCCUUCUGCCUCUCUGGGCUCCACGUCAGGACGCCCGCAGCACGUGUGCCGUUUCUGCGGGAAGGUCCUGAGCAGCGACUCGUCACUGCAGAUCCAUCUGAGGUCGCACACAGGCGAGCGACCCUACCAGUGUCCCGUGUGCCUGAGCCGCUUCACCACAAGAGGAAACCUCAAAGCUCACUUCCUUCGACAUCGGGAGCAGAAUCCAGAGCUUUCGCUUUCCCUGUUGCCUCCAGCACUGUCAGAGCAGACGCAGAGUGCCUCAGCCUCCGGGACAAUCCACAGAAGGCGGAAAAGGCGAGCCGAUGAUGAUGAGUCCUUUAACGGGGUCAAGGGAAGCAUUCCCGGGGUGACAGAGAACAUGGCUCUGGGUUUCCUGUCUGGUGCGUCGACUCAUCCCUCUGCUUCCUCUCUACCUUUGCCACCUACAGUAGAUAUGGCGUUGCUGUCCACUGCCCAUUCCCUGUUGCAGCUGAACCGGGCUUCAGUUGCUGCCAGCGCACCAAGCCCCGUGCUGCCGUCUUCCUCUUCCUCCGUGGGAAGUCAGUAUAAGGGAGCAAAGCAGCAGCGCUUUGACGAGAACACUCCCCCCCACUCUGCGCUCCACACAGCCACCUCAUACUCCCAGCUGGCUCAGCUUCCCAAAAUUCUCUUCCCUGGAGGAACAUCCCCGCACCACCUGGCGCUCCUGCGGCCAUCAAGCCACCCGUCCAGCUCCCACCUCACUUCACCGCAUCAGCUUCCCUUCCAUUUUUCUCCUUUCCCAAAACCGUCCACCACUUCUCCGUCCUCCUCUCCUGCCACAUCCACUCAGACGUCAGACACCUCCAAGCUGCAGCGGCUGGUCCAGAAACUUGAGAAGCAGCCACAAGGAGCGGCGUUGUCUUCUUCAUCUGCCCCAUCUUCCUCUACCUCUUCACUUACCCUUGCGGAGGCCAACGGAGAUACGAACGGUCAUGACCUCAGCACCGCCUCCAGUGCUUAUCGCAGGGAAAUGUUAGCUGCUCUGGGUCUUAGUCCAAACACUGGAGGUCUAGCAAGUGGCCAAGGGGUUUCAGGAGCUAACUCCACCACCACCGCCGCCACCUCAUCUCUUCCCGCUGCUCAGGCAGCCAAUCAGUGUGGAGUGUGCCUGCGUGUACUCAGCUGCCCCCGAGCCCUGCGUUUGCACCAGGCGACCCAUCUGGGAGAGCGACCCUUCCCUUGUAAGCUCUGUGGUCGCUCCUUCUCCACCAAGGGCAGCCUCAGAGCCCACCUGGCCACUCAUCGGGCAAGGCCACCCAAUUCCCGGGCGCUGAACUCCUGCCCCUUGUGUCCACGCAAGUUCACCAAUGCCUUAGUUCUUCAGCACCACAUCCGCCUGCACCUUGGAGGGCAAAUCCCCCCCGAUGAAGACAUGCCAGCAGAAGACAAUGCAGAAACAGAGAAUGCCAUAUUUGAUGAUGCGGAGAAUGACUCCCCAUCGAAAGUUGAACAACUCCUGCCCCUGGCUCUUACAAAACCACCUCCUUCUAAGAUAUCUUCUGAGGUGAAAAUAGAGGAAUCUGAGGGUUCCACACCCAGCGUUAGCCCGCCUCCGACCCAAAGUACACACUCUGUGGAAGCCGAGGAGUCUCUGGAUAUGAGAGACAACAACCUAGAUGGCGGUAGCUCCUUGAACAACUCCACAUUCCUGCAAGAGGAGGCCCCCCAAGCUGACCUGGGCAGCCCCCUCAAAGCAGCCUUGACUAGCUCCCAUUCAGCUGCAGUGAAUGGUAUAGACACCCCUCUCUCCUUGUGUGUUUCUAAGCCUGAGGCACAAACGAACACGCACGAUGCCGACAGUCCAGUGCCAGCGCUAAAUCCCUCACCUGCACCCACCAGUCCUUCCAGCCCGGGGCCUACUUGUGCUGCGCAGGAGGUUGACGGAAGCGUCCUGAAGGGACUAGGAGCGCAAGAUGUCGUCCGAAGUCAAGGAGAAGGUGAAAAGAACACAUCCACAGAAGACCCAGAGAAGGAGACGUCAGACAACGCGGAGCUCCCUGCUGCGGCACCUGGACCACAUUCCCAACACCCUCGCUUGGAUAAACCCUACAGCUGUUCCCAAUGCGGGAAGGCGUAUGCCAGCCGUAGUGGACUUAAGGGUCACAUGAAAACUCACCCCAGUGCCUACGUCAAGGGUCAAACCAAUGAGAGCAACUUUUCCGAGGAUCAUAGUUCCAAGAUCCUGGAAGGGAAGCAAGGCAGCAGCGAUGCAGAAGCAGGUGUUGGUUGCGAAGAAGCCGGUGAGCAACUGGACACGAACGCUUAGGGAAGAAGAUAGUUUAGUCUUCUGGAAAUUGAACAGUUGUUGUUAGAUGACUGUUCAUAGAGAUAGCUUAUGUUGUAGGAGUUGUUUGAAUGUAGAAAUCGACUUCUUAUAGUCUUUUUUUUUUGUACUUCAAAGCUCACAGUGAGGCCUUAUGUUCUACACCAUUCCUUCCAAUGUUUGCGGUGAUAAUUCGGGGUGUAACGGUACAUCGUAAAAACGUCAUAAUGUUAUGGUUUGGGUUGGUUCACAUUUUGGACACCCCUUUCAAAAAUAAUGAUUUUGAACUAUCUGAAUGAUUAUUGGGCGGCACGGUGGUCGAGUGGUUAGCGUGCAGACCUCACAGCUAGGAGACCAGGGUUCAAUUCCACCCUCGGCUAUCUCUUAUCUCAUUUUUAUGUCAUUUAAUAAUUCUAGCACAUUAAAUAAAUUCAUUUUUUAAAUAAAUGUGUGUGUCUCGAAGACUUUGAAAACCUUUGUGUGCCUUAAGCCUGGACAUAUACAUAUACAUUAUGCAGAAUUAAGGUUAAUUAAUCAUUAAUUAAUUAAUUUUAUAAAUAUAUUAAUAUGUUAAAAAUUAUUUUUAAAUGAUCAAAAUUACUGAAUUUUUAAGAAUAAAAAGAAUAGGAAGAGAAGGCUGCAUAGCAUGCAGUCCUCACAGCUAGGAGACCAGGGUUCGAUUCCCACCCUUGGCCAUCUCUGUGUGGAGUUUGCAUGUUCUCCCCGUGCAUGCGUGCGUUUUCUCCGGGUACUCCGGUUUCCUCCCACAUUCCAAAAACAUGCUAGGUUAAUUGGCGACUCCAAAUUGUCCAUAGGUAUGAAUGUGAGUGUGAAUGGUUGUUUGUCUAUAUGUGCCCUGUGAUUGGCUGGCCACCAGUCCAGGGUGUACCCCGCCUUUUGUUUGCCUCUGCGCCGAAUGCCUUGCCUUUUAGUCCCCGGGCCUUCGGUUCUGUAGUGAAAAAUCCAAUUCCAAAUACAUGCACCGUUACACCCCUAUUAAUCACAAAGCCUCCAUACCAAAACAGGCCAUUUUUUUUCUAAUGGUCCACAUUUGUAAAUAUGACUUUUAUUCUUCUUUUAAAGUGUUACUUAUUUGUUGUAUUUGUGCUGCUGCUGACUGCACUGCGCCGGAGGAACAUCUCCUGCCAUGCUAGCAAUGUUGACCACGAUGGCGAUGAAUGUGUAGCCACAAAUGACUUGACUUUUGACGACCGUCAAAGGGAACCUGCAGCGGUGGCUCGAAGGAACGAAGAGCAACCGCUGCAUUAGCAUCCGCCCAGGCCCCCCCAAUUUUCUCCUUUCAAAGCACUCGUGCAGAAGUUACCACUGCAUUCAUGCUUAGUGGAACAUUUUUGCUGUUGUAGCGAUGCCGCCAAGUUUGAGCCUUGUUGUAAAAAAUUUAAUAAAACA